AUGGAAAAACUAGGUAAACAACAUUGGAAAGCAAUCAAAUUGAUCUCCAUGUAUCUAAAGGGCACUUCAAGCUAUGGUAUUGUUUUCCGUGGUCAACGAAUUAAUGCUAUAGUUGCUAGAUAUGUGGAUUCAGACUAUGUUAGUGAUAUGGAUGAUAUAAGGUCUACAAUUGUAUUUGUGUUUACUCUUUGUGGGGGACCUAUAUGUUGUAAAUCAACACAUCAGUUUACCGUCGCAUUAUCAACAUCAGAAGAAAAAUAUAUGGCAGUAGCUGAAACUGUUAAAGAAGCAUUGUGGCUUAAUGGGUUGGUAAAGGAUUUGGGUAUUGAGGAAGGUAAAGUUCAAUUACUUUGUGAGAGUAAGAAUUUCAUUUCUUUAGAAAAUAAUAAGGUGUAA